UCUAGGAAUUUAUUUUCAAUAUUAUUUCAUUUUAAAUAACUAUAAACAAUCAAAUUUCAAACUGUUAAAUUUAAAUACAAUCCAUCAUUUAAGAAUUCAGCCAAAGUACCAUCACACACAUAUACUAGCAGUAGUAAGUAAUAUGAAGUCUCUAAACACGUUAGAAAUUGCCAAUCCUUCACUCAAUUUAUUGAACGAUUUAAAACUAUUAUUCAAAAUGACAAGUUUAAAGAAAAUAAUUUUAAAUGUUCCUUAUGAAGAAUUUAAAUAUUUUAAUGAAAGUUAUUUUAAUAUUGUUCAGCUAUUUAAACAAGAAUCAAAGAUAGAACUAGAAUUCAAUAUAAAACAAUACAACUAUGAAAAUAACAAUUAUGGUAAUCAACUUAGUAGUAGUACCGAUAGUAUAAGCAGCAUCGGAAGUAAUAAUAGCAAUAAUGGUAAUAAUAAAUUAUAUUUAAAAUCAUUAAAUCUCAACUCAAUCUCAACAGACUAUGUAAUAUUUUUAAACAAUGUAUUUUUAAGAAAUGAUGAAAUAUCAGACUGCAGACACUUUAUAUUAACAAUGGAUUCCGGUGAUCAAACAUAUUUAGAAUCAGUAAUGCAAAGUCCAAAAUUUAUAAAUUGCGAAAGAACCAUAUUUAACCAAAUAAAAUCAAUUAAACUAAUAUUAACUCUUCAAGAUUGUAGCGAAUUUAAUAGUAUAUUGGGUCUUUUUUCUUCAAUCGCAAAUCAAAAUCUAGAAUUCCUAUUUUUCUAUAUUGACCUUUAUUAUGUAUCCCAUAAUCCACUCCACAAUAUUCAAAAGAUAUUUGAAACAAUAAGUAAUGAAAAGAAAUUUUCAAAUGUAAAAAGUUUAUAUAUAGAAUUUGGCAGAAUUUUGUUCGCAGAUUAUGAAAACAUCAACUUUUAUUCCUUUUCUCCAGAUAUCUCCUUGGACUACAAAAAAUUUAUUAGAAUAAAAGAAUACAACAGCAGCGAUCAAAUUAGCAAUAGUAUUCAAACACCAAGUGCAUGUAAUGUUGAUCACGGCAAUUUAGGUAUAUCAUUAAAGAGAAGAAAGUAUUUAAAUAUUUAAUCUUAAUAAAAAUAAAAAAUAAAAAAUUCUUUUAUAAAAUAUAAUUUAUAAAUUUAUAAAUUUU